UGUGUAGUUGGAUUUGGAAAUUGGAGCACUAAUGACUAUUCAAGCCUUUGAUGAAUGAUUCUCACCGUUAACCGAAGCAAUGGAUAUUUUAGUUUUGUAUUUGGUGUUUUCUAUCAAACCUUAUUGAGACCUUUACUGUUUACACGCUCAAAUACCUGAUUUUUGUACACCCAUCUUCACUGAAAUAAUCUUUUUAUACAAACAAGAUUGAUUAUGCUAUGUCCAUCAUUAAUGGGCUAAUAAGUUUUCUUUAGUAAAUGCACUAUUUUUUUUCCCGCUUUCUUAUAAAUUUAAUUUCAAAUGGAAACCAUAAGAUUUUUGUGACUUAUCAUUUUUUAUAGAUUAUAUAAUGUUUCACUCAAUGCAAACAUGUCUAUAUCAUUUUUGUGGUCACAAAAUAUCCAUAUUGGCAUUAUUCUAGAGUUUAAACUAAACAUGCAUUUUUAGGAGAGGUGUGAAUUGGAAAAAACAAAUUCAUUCCUCCGGUUUCUGUUACUGUUAUGUAACCCUAUACGACAUGCGUCUGUUUCAACGUUCCCGUUGCCAUUACCAUUACGGAGGUCGUGACUGUUAUCUAAAACUAUGGUAUUGGGGAGUGAAUCUGGAUGAUGUUAAUCAUUUUGGCUUGUCUGGGGAAUGAAUUUACAUGUUACAAGUUGCCUACUUUAUACGCGGAUAGUUUUGCUUUAAUUAUUGCAGUUUUUCUUCUGUUGUUUGACUUGAAUGUUUGACUCCUAGUAUAAUGGUGUGACAAUAGUACGAUGAGUAGAGUCAGUAAAAUGUGAAAUUAUUGCCUGUAACAAAUUGCCUUAGUAGACUGUCUAAUCACCGAAUGAUUUACUUGUAGUGAUUUGAUGGGCUUCAAUUACCAAAGUUCUUCUGUUGGUUGACUUGAAUGUUUGAUUUGGUAGUAUAAUAGUGUGAUUGUAGUACAAAAAAUAAACAGAUUUUGUAAAAUGUGUUGUUACCACAGGUAAUAAGUUCCUUAGUAGAAUGUUUUGUCAUCGAGUGAUCUACUUGCAGUGAUUUGAUUGUGAUGUUCAUUGUCUAUGCUUGUAAGAUGGCAACCUUUUUUUCAAUUGAGAACCCACUGCUAUGGGUUCCUUUAAAUAACUGGUUCACUUCUGCUACAGUGUUCUUGAACUUGUUUUUUUCAGAGGUAGGACAAUCACGAUCUGCUCAAAUUGGUCCUUUUACCGUUAUUGGGAAUGGUACUACUGUCGGUAGCAACGCGCGAAUUUCAAAUUCAGUAGUUGGGGAAGGUUGUACUAUUGGGUCAAAUGUAUCGAUAGAAGGUUGCUAUAUAUGGCAUAAUGUCACCAUUGAGGACAGCUGUAAACUAAGGCACGCAAUAGUAUGCGAUGGGGUGAUUAUGAAGUCAGGUGCAGCUUUGGAACCUGGUGUUGUUUUAUCUUUCAAGGACGUUCAUUUACCCCACAUAAGUAUGUUGGUUAGCGCCAGAUACUUUGUUCCCAAUGUUUCUUAA